GCGUUGAUUCCAUCUACUUUCACGAGUGUAUGUGCUGGCCGGUGCAUGAACAGGUUGCCUAGCUGUAUAAUUUCUGAAUUUUGUUUUGAUGCAAGGAUGAUGAUGGCGUGUAUUCAUGUUCUAGAUGAGGGAUGUGGAAGUGCUCGUCACUUGUGUCGCGACUCGAUUGGAGGGAUCAUAUACUGGAUUUGUUACUGAUCUUUCUCAGACGCACACAUAUAAAGGGCAUCCAUCCACAACCAUGGGCUUCCUUCAAAAUCUUGAGAAGAUUGAGGGCCUUGUGAAGACAUGAUCAAAAUUUACAUAUUUUUGGAUUUUUUUUUUGGAUUCAGACUUGAUUAAAGUGGAACAUCGAAGGAGCAUCAAACGAACAUGAGGCUAGUGGCUAGGUCAGGUAUUCGUACUUAUACUAGUCCCAUGCACUGGAAUUGAUGGGUAUUGUCAUUGUACUUGAUAAUUCAGUCGAUAAAUGCCAGUUUUGAUGGAGCACCGGAAAUAAGCUGUGCCUAGAUUUCAUCUCUUAAUCUCUUUGUGAAAAUGUUGAUAAAAACAUGACCGAGGGUUGUUUAUUGUUAAUGAGAACUUCAAUACCGGUCAUCAAUUGUAUGUCAUCACUAUCUUUACAUGUUCUUCCUCUUCAUCAAAGGAUGUGGGAAGUCUUCAAAUGCUUCACUCAAGAUUCUAAAAGCUUCUGAGCAGGGGGAAGAACGCAGUGAGUGAUUCACGCAGCCACUCCAGGUUUCUAUCUUCCUCUGGUGCGAUUAAUCACCAUCUCUGUCAAGCUCCUCUUCCGCGAGUGUUUGCUGAGAGAGAUUCAUCAAUACCAAAACCAAACAACAUGGAGGCCAAGAGGGUAUCCCAUGAUGCAACGUCCUCAGCGGUCGUCAUGGAUGUUCAGCUGGACUCCACGGACGGCUACAGCCAGCUGAACGAAGACAUAUUGGAGGAGUGCGGUAACAGCAUCACCGACUCCGACUCCAAUUCGAGCCUCCUGCACACGGUGGUCGUCGUGGACCAAGCUUUCGGCACCCUUGACCGGACCAAACCGACCAUUCCACACGCCGAUUCGGACGAACUGGUCCAGUCGGUGAAGACGCUGACGACGCAGAUCAAAGCGUUGACGGACAACACGAAGCAGCUUGCGCUAGAGGGAUUAUCGCUGCGUAACGAGUUGGAGAGGGUCGCGGACCAGGUCGAUCAAGCGGAGAAAUCAGAUGAACUUACGAACCUUCUUGCCGUGGAGAAGCUAAAGAAACAGUUGACCUUUGUACCAGGAAGUGGAAGUGAACCAAAGAGGAAAGGUCAAGGGGAGCGACCUGGCAGAUCUGAAAGGGAAAGUGCAAUGGAAUUACAAGAGAGGAAGUCACCAGACCUGCCACUGUCGGUCUGUCCCAGCCCUACGUCUACACUGCUUAAGAAGUGUGAGGCAAGGACACCGGACACCCAGCGCUUGACCAACCUACCCAGCAGACCACCGGUCAAGCUGGCGUUCGAGGACAUCACAUAUAGCGUCCAGGUGGGGGGUAGCUGCUGCAGGAGACAGAGAGAAUGCAAGACCAUAUUGAAUGGUCUAUCAGGAUGUUUUCUUCCUGGUGAAUUGAUCGCUAUCAUGGGACCGUCCGGAGCAGGCAAAUCAUCCUUCAUGAAUGUCUUAGCUGGGUACAAAACUACAAUGACUAAAGGUACGGUGCUGGUGAAUGGAGAGAUCCGUGAUCCGCAGCUCUUCAGGAGAAUGUCAUGUUACAUCAUGCAAGACAGCCAUUUAUUACCACAUCUCACAGUCAGAGAACAAAUGCAUGUAGCGGCCGGGCUAAAACUCCCUCGUAGGAUGAAAUGGAGUGAGAAGAAAGCAGCGAUCGAUGAGAUCAUGAGCCUGCUUGGUCUUAUAGAGUGUGCCAAGACCAGGACCUCUCAGAUCUCUGGGGGCCAGACCAAGAGACUAGCGAUAGCCCAGGAACUGAUCAACAACCCUCCCGUCAUGUUCUUUGAUGAACCUACCAGUGGUCUAGAUAGUAUGUCCAGUUUGACCUGUGUGAAGCUCCUGAAGAGCCUGGCCCACGGGGGGAGAACUGUCAUCUGUACUAUCCAUCAGCCAAGUGCAAAACUCUUUGAGAUGUUUGAUAAGUUAUACAUCCUAGGAGACGGCCAGUGUUUGUACAGAGGCACAGUAGCUAACCUGGUUCCAUACCUUCAUUCCAUGGGCUUUGUAUGCCCACCCUAUCACAACCCAGCCGAUUUUGUCAUAGAACUUGCAUCGGGUGAAUAUGGCACAGCCAUGGAGCAAUUGACCAAAGCCGUGGAGGACGGAGAAUGCGAGCGAUUCAGCAGCCAUACCAGCCAGUCGUCCAUACAGGGGGCAUGUGGGGGCGUGGCCGUUGCUAACGGCAACUCGCAGACCAAUAACGGCAUGGCAACGGUGGUGAUUCAGGAGCCAGACGGGAUCAGUACCAAGAUAACAACACCGGAGCACAAAUUGCCAGACUUUUUAACGACAAGUUUUGGAACAGAUGUUUUCAUGCAGUUCUGGGUUCUCUUCAAGAGAACUUUCAUCACCAUCUUCAGAGAUCCUACCCUCACUCACACACGGUUCUCCUCUCAUGUAGUCAUAGGGGUCUUAAUCGGCCUCCUCUAUCUUGACAUUGGUGAUGAUGCUGGCAAGGCAUUCAACAAUGCCGGUUUCCUCUUUCUUUCUAUGCUGUUUCUCAUGUUCUCUGCAAUGAUGCCUACAGUAUUAUCAUUUCCACUAGAGAUGAAUGUUUUGAUACGGGAGCAUCUCAAUUACUGGUAUAGCUUGAAGGCAUAUUAUAUUGCUAAAAUGAUGGCUGAUCUACCAUUCCAAAUUAUAAUGCCUGCUGUUUAUUGUACGAUAGUCUACUGGAUGACAGGACAGCCCACAGAUAGCGGUAGAUUUACAUUAUUCAUCGCCAUGGCAAUAUCCACAUCAUUAGUUGCACAGUCAUUAGGACUGAUAAUAGGUGCAGGGCUACCAUUGGAGGUGGCUGUAUUUGUAGGUCCAGUCUCGAGCAUCCCCAUCCUCCUCUUCUCGGGGUUCUUCGUCACCCUGGAUAACAUCCCUAGCUACCUGCGCUGGAUGAGCUACGGUUCCUUCGUGCGCUACUCCUACGAGGGUGUCAUGAUAUCCGUCUACGGUCACGAUCGAGGACCCAUCCCUUGCAAGAGCCAGGACCACUGCAUCUUUGAGACGGCUCAAGACAUUCUAGACGAGCUGGACAUUGGUUCGGACAACCUCACGCUGGACUUUGGUGUCUUAGCCGUCUUCUUCAUCAUUCUCCGUGUCAUAUGUUACUGCAUAUUAAGGAUGAAGGUCAAACGACUCAUUUAACCAAUGUUUCCUCCGAUUUGUAUAUUUCCAGGGGGGUGUUUCACAAAGACUAAGAUCAACUUGAAGUUGGACUAAACUAUGACAGGCCAUCCAUGCCACUGGUUGCUCUCACUAUUGGUCUCUCAAUUAUGAUCUUAUAGAUAAUACUUUUUCCUUAAAUAAUG